GACUUCCAUCUGGCAUUGAACACCUUUUCAAAAGGCAUCGAUUGCACCCGUCGCAUUGGGGAUCAAAGGCCACUGCAGUAUCGAGGUAUCCAGGCUGUCACAGUUACAUACAUUCAUUCAAAAGGAAAAUAUCUGGAGGUUCAUUUGCUGCGAACCCAGGUUGAAUAUGCCACUCAAAAAUGACAUAGCUACAGAGCAACCUUGCCAUUCUAAAGCUUGUGCUAUCCAAGAUUGUCUGGCAAAGAAUAAUUACAGUGAAGAGAAGUGUAGAUCACAGGUCGAUGCACUGUAUGAUUGCUGCAAUGCAUUCUAUGAGAAGAAUGGUGAUGAUGCAACGAGUGUCUCCUGUCCCAAGGCACAUUUGCUACGGUUGAAGAUGAAGCAGAGAUCAGAAGAGAGGCAGGCAUGAAGAUGUGUGCGCGCCCUAGAUACGAAAUGGCCAUGAAGGCUUUUGAUAUCCUUUCAUUGAUCCCUCACGUCUCAUAGUAUACACUCAUACAUAGUACACACUCAUGGUACACUCCCAUAACAUACUCUCGUAGUAUGCCACCAUAGAUAGAUAUACAACAUAGAGCACCGGCAUCACAAAUCACUUUCUUCAACACUUUGAUAUUACAGCCGAGUCUCUUACGAAAAGAUGUAACUCUCCAAAUUUACUGCCAUCCUUCACACCUCCGAAAAGGUCAGGUAACGGAAACAGGAAGAGUCUUUAAUAUGGCCGAUCAUGAGCGCGCAAAGAGAUCCCAAUGGACCUAACCAAACAUUGAAGGCUUGAUU